ACAUGCCAUAUCAUUUAUCGGAUCUAUUUCCUUCUGUUUCUCGUUUAAGAUCAUUUAUAUCUCUUCUUUCUCCGCGUCUGGACAAAUUUUGCUUCACCUGUUACAGCAAUCUGGAUCGUACCAUCUUGUUGCAUUAGACUCGACAAGGUCUAGAUACUGAGGUGCACAAUUUUGGUUGAGUUCAAUGGUCUAGGUAUCUCAGCUAAAAAUCUAGCUGAUUUUAAUGUGGUACAGGAAACACAUCCAACUCAGUUCACUUCACUAAAGAGAAAAUAUUUAUAUAUUCGCUGACUGAUUCUGAUGAUUAAAAGGUAAACAAAUGAGUACUGAUUCUGAAUGGUCAUUGUAUAGAAUACUAUGUCUGAAGAAGCAGGGCAAAUGAUGAUGCUUUAUGACGAUCCAUCAGAUCGAAGGUCCUUGUCUCUGGAUGAUGCAAGCAGCACAGAAGAAUCACCAGAUGAAGUCAGGCUGUCCUUAGAAACAGAAAAUGAUGCAGUCCCUUAUAUAGGGCAAAGAUUUCCAACUCAUGAUGCAGCUUAUGAAUUUUAUAGUGAAUUUGCAAAGAGGUGUGGCUUCUCAAUCAGGCGUCACCGUACAGAAGGAAAAGAUGGUGUGGGAAAGGGGUUGACGAGGCGAUAUUUUGUUUGCCAUAGGGCUGGGAACACGCCUGUCAAAAAUACAAAUGAAAAUAAACCUCAAAGAAAUCGAAAAUCCUCCAGGUGUGGUUGCCAAGCAUAUCUUCGAAUAAGCAAAAUAACUGAUUUGGGUGCUCCAGAAUGGCGUGUUACCGGUUUUGCAAACCACCAUAAUCAUGAACUCUUGGAACAAAACCAAGUUCGAUUUCUUCCUGCAUAUCGUACUAUAUCAGAUACAGAUAAAAGCAGGAUUCUUAUGUUUGCCAAAACUGGAAUUUCAGUGCAACAGAUGAUGAGGCUUAUGGAACUUGAGAAGUGUGUGGAGCCUGGUUACUUGCCAUUCACAGAGAAGGAUGUCCGGAACUUACUUCAAUCUUUUAGAAAAGUAGAUCCCGAGGAUGAAAGCAUUGAUCUUCUGAGAAUGUGCAGAAAUAUUAAGGACAAGGAUCCCAACUUCAGAUUUGAAUGUACACUUGAUUCAGACAAUAGAUUGGAAAAUAUUGCUUGGUCAUAUGCUUCUUCAAUCCAAUCAUAUGAAAUCUUUGGUGACGCUGUUGUGUUUGACACAACCCAUAGGUUGACUGCUUUUGACAUGCCUCUGGGAAUAUGGGUUGGAAUUAAUAACUAUGGUAUGCCUUGUUUCUUUGGUUGUGUGCUUCUUCGGGAGGAGAAUUUGCGUUCAUUCUUGUGGGCUUUGAAGGCAUUUUUAGGUUUCAUGAAUGGGAAGGCUCCACAAACAAUUCUAACUGACCAAAAUAUGUUCUUGAAAGAAGCAAUAGCAAUGGAGAUGCCAACAAGCAAACAUGCACUUUGUAUUUGGAUGAUUGUAGGAAAGUUCCCAUCCUGGUUUAAUGCUGUUCUAGGAGAGCGUUAUAAUGAUUGGAAAGCUGAGUUUUACAGGCUAUAUAACUUAGAGACAGUUGGUGAUUUUGAACAGGGGUGGAGAGAAAUGAUAAAUUGUUUUGGGGUCCAGACUAACAGGCAUAUAACGAAUUUGUUUGCAUUGAGGUCUCUAUGGGCUUUGCCAUAUUUGAGAAGGCACUUCUUUGCAGGGAUGACAAGUGGCGGUCAAUCGAAAUCGAUAAAUGGUUUUAUACAACGGUUCUUGAGUGCUCAAAGCAGGGUUGGGCAGUUUGUAGAACAAGUAGCCGUAGCAGUGGAUUUCAGAGAUCAGGCUGGAGAACAACAAACAAUGCAACAAAACCUGCAGAACAUUAGCCUUAAAACGGGUGCCCCAAUGGAGUCGCAUGCGGCGACGGUGCUGACACCUUUUGCGUUCUGUAAACUGCAAGAACAACUGGUCCUUGCAGCUCAUUAUGCUUCUUUUCAGAUGGAGGAUGGGUUCCUUGUUAGACACCAUACAAAAGUAGAAGGUGGUGGGAGGAAAGUUUAUUGGGUUCCUGAAUCUGAUCAGGUGGAAGGAGGGGGAGGGCUCAUAAGCUGUAGCUGUCAUCAAUUUGAGUUCUCUGGGAUCCUUUGCCGUCAUGCUCUGCGUGUCCUAUCCACUGGGAAUUGCUUUCAAAUCCCAGAGAGAUACCUUCCAAUUCGAUGGAGAAGAAUCAGCAGCAGCAGCAGUAGCAACAAACUUGUACAAACAGGAGGAGGAGGAGGUCCCAGUAGUAGUACUGAUCAUCACGAGCAUGCAGAAAGAGUUCAGUUUUUGCAGAACAUGGUGUCAACUCUUAUAACUGAAUCUGCAAAAUCAAAAGAAAGGCUGGAUAUUGCAACUGAGCAGGUUGCUACCCUCCUAUCACGAAUACAAGAACAGCCACCACCUGUUUCUGUUUCUGUUUCCUCCUCCUCACAAUUAGGAGGUAUCAGCAGGAGAACUCCCAUUCAGAGAAGUAUGUGAAACAUGUGAGAGGCUUUAGGAGUUAGUUAAUUUGAUUUGAAAGAAGCCUAAUUUACUAAAUGGAUGAGCUUUGGUAUUGUUACUUUCCUCUGUCUCUGUCUGUCUGUCUGUCUUGUUAUAGGGAUUUUUUUUUUUUAAAAAAGAAUCAAAGUCUGGUAUGUACAGAAGAGAGUAGAUAAGGUACGUACUUAGUAAUAGUAGUAGUAAUAGUAUAUGAUGAUCAAAGUGCAAAAACAUAAUGGAUAUCUUUCUUGAAUGAGAAAGUUUUUGGACAAGUAAAGUAGGUGCUAGAGUUCAAAAUUGAUGGAUUCACUUGUAUGCAAUGGAUUGAUUUGAUUUAA